AUGUCAGAAGCUGAAAAUACAAUUGCUACUGAGGAAAACAGUCAUAUCAUCAUUAGUAACUCCAAAAGUAAUAAUGAAGGUAACGAUCAUCAGCAUAACCAAGAAAUGAUUGAUGAAAUAUUAGAAUUGAAAACUAAGAUAGCCAGUAUAGUAGGCAAUAUCAAAGACACUAAGAGUGUAUGUAAUAAGUAUGAAAAUGAGAUUCAAUAUUUACAAGAAUAUAUCAGCACUUUAAUGAAGAUUGAAUCAAGUAAGAUGUCGGAACCAGCAAGUACCAUAGCACGGGAUAUGAUUGCUGAAUAUGGAAUCCAUAAAACUAACGAUGAAAAUGAGUUUAUUGGGGAUCACACUAUCACUAGUCUUCCAUCUCAUCCAGCAGCGGCUAAAUUACGUACCAAUAAUGGUAUUGGAAUUGGACUUUUGCAGCGGGUUAAUGUUGGGUCAUUUGAUAAUUUAGUACGAACACAUGUACUGGAUGCUGAUAAUCAUUAUGGUUUAAUUCAAGAAACAAGUGUGAUAGAAUGUUCUCAAUUACCUGUUGGUUUAAAUAAAAGAGCUGAUCGUAAAGCUUCUAACCAAUCUUCUAUGACUGAAGACUUAUUCUAUGAAGCUUCCCCUGUAUUGGAUGGCUCAACGCUGCCAUUGGUUCCUACAAAGUCUGGUAUCAAAUUUUAUCCAACUCUCAUUGAAAGGUAUCCUACUACGAUUGAAAUCAAUCAUGCCCCUCAAAUGACAGAAGCAUUACCUGAGUUUUGUAAUUUAUCAUUGUCUUCAUUAAAGAAAAGAUAUCCAAAUAAUCAUAUAUAUUAUUGUUCUCCAUUACGGGAAGAAAGGUAUACAAGCGAUGAAUUGGAUGAACUUAAACUAAUUUCUAUAUUAUCAGAAGAAAUACGUCAUUUAGAUGAAGAUAAAUCUGGCAAUAGAUCUAUGUUAACAAGACUAUAUAAUUCUUUACAUUCUUUGUUUUUUUAUAAAACUAUCGAUGUAAAUCUGGCAUGGAAUAUACCUGAUCAUGACAUUACCAGUAGUGAUCUGUGUGAUGAUAAUGAAUCAACUUAUGAACUUGAAGAUACGCGACUUUUAUUAUAUAGUUAG